CAUCACUUAGAGUGACGACCUUGCACCACUUUUUGUUUCGAACUCACCUUUCUCCACUACGAUAUCGCCUGCCAUCGUCGACAUCAUGGCAGCCUCGGAAGUCAAGAGACUUGACUUUGUCUAUCGAGAUACUCUCUUUGUCGAGGUUGCAGAAAACAAGCGCCAUCCUGGGGCUUCAGCUGCGGAACUGAAAGAGCUUCUGCUCCCAAAGAAAGGCAGUGCUCCAGCUAAAGAUCAAGUAGCUCAUUGGUACGAGGCCCAGCUUGUUCACUAUGGAUUGCCUCGUACCAAAGACAAGAACACGGCCAAGGUGCGGCUUACUACGGCUCUCGUCUCUGACGCUUUGCGUGUGCCAUCAUCCGUCACCGACCUGGAAGCCGCUAUGAAAAAGGUGUAUGCUACGAAUGUCAGAAAAGCCAAAGCCGCGGAGAAGAAAGCGCAAGAGAGCGAGGCUACCGACCAAGGGGCAACGAAAGGCAAGAAGAGAAAGGCGGAUGACAGUGAGCAUACCUCUACCACCAAAGUGUCCGUCAAAGUCGGCGAUGUUACCCUCGAGAUCAAUCACUCCCGGGGGCCAGUCAGCAAGAAGACUAAAGCUGAAUCUGCCGCAUCGAAGAAAGCCUCACCAAAAUCGAAAGUCACCGCGCCUGCACCUCCGAAAGCCGCGAAGACCAAGUCGACAACCGCAAAGACUGCGGAUUCCAUGUCGAUAGCCCCGAAGACUGCAAAACCCAAGUCGGCAACCACAAAGACUGCGGAAUUCAAGUCGAUGACCCCAAAGCCUGCGAAGUCUAAGUCAACGACCACAAAUUCUCCUGCCAUCAAGACGUCCACCAAAGCAGCCUCCAUUCCUACACCGUCCCCUGCACGACCGAAACAGACUGCCCGAAGAUCGAAGCCCUUCCAGUACAGAAGCCAGAGCACUCGUCCUGCCGUGUCAUCACCACAACAAGUACACGAUCACACUCCUGCCUCGUUCUACGACAGCGAUGUCGACAUGGACGAACCCCCUCCGUACGAUUCGCACGACUUCACCGAAGACAAUGAUCCUUGCAGCGACGAGAUCUCGGGCCUCUACAACUUCUCAACACGUGAAGAUGAGGACGCUGGUAGUUUCUCUCUUACGCUAGACCAGGCCGCGGGACAGCUCUGGGGGGAGCUCAGUGUUGGCGACAAAUCUGGAGUCAUCCGAGCAAACAAUACCUCCGGCCUUCUGAAUGGCGAGCAGAUCUCGUUUGGUUGGAGGUUGGGAGAUUCCGAAAAGGGACUACUCACGUUUGGCCGCGGUUGUGAUGGAUCCUUCCGGUUUGAUCGCCUAGGACAUGUGUGGGGAUGGUUUUUUGGUCUUAUGGAUGGCAAAAGUGUCGACUUUGAGGGGCGCUUGGUUUUCAAGGACCAUUUUCCCGAUAUCGAUGAUGUGAAGAAACAAUGGGAUGACUUUCCGAGGAGAGCUUACGGAAGAAUCUGAGAGCUGAACCAGUCUCGCUGCCAUGUCUGGUCCACUUCUUCCUGCUAGCUUCCAUCACCAGUACCUGCGAGUUGGACCAUGUUACGGAUCUCGAAUGUACAUGGAUUGGAUAUCGGUCUCCAAUUUUGGCUUUGCAACUACCGACCAAGCGAGAGUCAU